AUGCCUGUCAUGAACAAGCGUCGGCGGUGGACAGGGCCGUCCAGCCUUGUGAACCCCAAGAACACCAAACACCGCCAAUCUGCGGCUGUUGCCUCUGGCAGGCAGCGCCCCAAGCGCAAGGGUGCCAAGUCCGGCGCCGGUGCCUUGACAAAAGCCGCUUUGGACGUGCAUAACAUGCAGCAAGGCGACAACACAACAGAUGUCGAAGCAGACAUGAAGUCCAUCGCAACCACUGCGCUUGGAGAGCUUCCCGAGAACGAGAUUGUGGAGACCAUCUUCGCCCCUGUCAAGAAAGUGUGGAACUCCCAGAAGCCAGCCGAUCUGGAGACGUGCGCCGUCUUUGCAGCCAUCACAGAGAACAUCCAGGCCAAGGAGCUGGGCGAGACGCCCGCCACAUACUGGGCAGCGCUCAUGUCCACGCUCGGCUCGCUGGUGGAUCGCCCGUCGGAGAGCGAUUCGGUCGGCGCCGUGCUCUACCUCCUCAGCCUCGUCUGCAAGGCUGUCCCGCGUGCCAUCUUGGGGAAGCGCCACGACACCGCUGUGGAGCUGCUGGCCAAAGUCAUUGCCAACUUUGGCCACAACCCAGACCUCGGCAACCGCCCAGUCGUCAAGGGGAUUGUGUGCAUCAAGUUCCAGUUGCGCGCUGCGCCGAGUACGACGUGGAAGGACGCACGCACACGCGAGCUCGCACAGCAGCUCCUGCAGUUCACCACCGACGCCCGCCCAAAGGUUGUCCGCCACGCCGCCCAGAUUGCCGUCACAGACAUCCUCGAGCUCCACGCCCACAAGAAGACAACGUUUAUGAAGCUUGCUGCGUCGUUCUUCCUCGACCAGCUGAGUACGGGCAGGAAAACGGCUGACAAGAACGUGUUGUAUGUGCUCGGCAUCCUCAAGUCCACACUCUUCUUCUUCCCGCCUAACAUGGUCUCAGAGCUGGCGCGGGCAAUGGCCAACACGCUGCUGCUCGGAAACGCAGUUGCCACGACCACCUGCCUCAACGCUUUCACAGCGUUCUUUGCGUCGCCGCUGAGCCAGGAGCUGCCUGUGUCGACUGCAGUGGAUGUGUACAAGAGCUUUGUGCCCAACUGCCCUGCUGUGAAGGAUGUUGCGCCACGCUGCACAUGGAACACAACCGUCACCCGCGCCGCCGUCUGCAUCGCACAGAUGAGUGCACACGAGGGCGCGGCGGCCAUCUCGGCCACCACAUCUUCUCUGCGCGAAUGUCUGCAGGACCGAUCAAAGGCGCUCAUCUCAAGCGCAGCCGCUAACUUCAGGACGCUGUUCCGUGUUGGCGUGAAGGCCAUGCUGGACAAGGCCACCGAGGCAGACGCAGACGCCGUGCAGGGCUGCAUUCAGUCCCUCAUUCAGAAGAUGGACGAGAGCCUGUCGUACCGGUUCCAGAUUGCAUUUGAGGAGGUGCUGCGCUGCAUCUCUGAUCUCGUGGACGCCCUCGCCGCCUGCCGCAUUGCCAACCUCGGCAGCCUCGUCAACUCCCUCGUCCAGCUGCACGAGACGCCUGGUGUGUCGUGCAAGGGCAAUGUUGAGGACACCAUCAAGCACUGCAUUCGCUCCAUCGGUGCAGAGGAAUUCCUGAAGAUCCUUCCUCUCAAGCUCGAAGAAGAGGAGGAGCAAAGCGAGUUCCCUCGCGCGUGGCUGCUGCCACUGCUCAAGGACAACGUCGCAAACAACACCAUUGCGUUUUUCAGCCGGGAGCUGUUCCCGCUUGCCAUGCGCAUGUACAAGCGGAAGCAGGCGGCGAAGGAGGCUGGGCAGGCGCUUGCUGCAAAGACAUACGACCAGCUCUACUUCCAGCUGUGGCUGUUGCUUCCGUCCUUCUUCACCAACCCGAGCGACACAGCACAGACCUUCCCCACCUUUGCAAAGACGCUUGGCCUCGCCCUGCGCGACCACAACGAUCUUCGCGGCGUCAUCUGCAAGGCACUCGUCAACCUCAUCACCACCCGAGGCGAGGUGGAGGAGGAUGCCAAGGCCAUUGCGCAAUACUCCCGCAACUUCAUGCAGAUCCUGCUGCGGUUGUAUCUCGCCGAGCAAAGCACAGACAAGCGUGCCGCACUCAACAACACAAUCACCGCGUUCUUCGGCCUCAUGUCGCCGGCGCAAAAGUCGCCGUAUUUCGCGUCCGCACUCAAGCAGCUCCUCGAGGCCGACGAGACAUCGGAGCAAUGCCUGCGCCUGCUUGACAUCAUCAACGCGCUUGUGCCGGACCUUGAGCAGCCGGAGCAGCUUGAACACCUCAAGAAGGUGCUCGUGUACUCCCUGCGUGACACUGUCUCGGAGAAGGUGCAGAAGCGUGGCUACCGCCUGCUGCUGUCCGUGUGCUCGGCAUCCAGGCAGCCGCUCCGCCGGUUCUUCCUCGACAACCUCGAGCACCUCCAGGGUGUGCUCAAGAACGCCGCGCUAUCUGCCCGCCCCGGCUCCAAAGGCCUGCGCCUCAAGUGCAUCCACUCCAUUCUCUCAGAGACACCGCCGAGCCGGCUGAAGGCGACGGUUGAUGAGUCGCUCGUGGAGGUGAUGUUGGCGUCGAAGGAGGUCAACGAGGCGACGCGCGACGUCGCGUACGAGGUGCUCAUCCUCAUGUGCGAACUCGCCCUCGCGCACCAGGGCAUGGAGGGAUGCGAGCUGACGAUGGAUGAUCUGUUCCAGAUGAUCGUGGCCGGUCUGGCCGGCACCACGCCGCACAUGAUCAGCGCAACCGUCUCCUGCAUCUCACGCGUCAUCUUUGAGUUCAAGGAGGAGUUUAGCCAGCACUUGCUUGACCAGACGACAGCCAUGCUUCUCCUCCUCCUCUCAUCCCCAUCACGUGAAGUCAACAAGAGCGUGCUUGAGUAUGUGUCAAUGUGCAUGUCGACGCUUCCCCACGACGAAUUUGACAAGCACAUGAAGAGCGUUGUUGAGGCCAUCUUCAACAUGCCCAAGGACCGCCGCCACCGCCACCACGACAAGAUCAAAAUCCUCCUUCGUCGCCUCGUGCGCCGCUACGGGUCUGACCGGCUGCUUGAGAUUGUGCCGCCGCAGCACCACCGUCUCAUCACCAACAUCCGCAAGGCCGAGAACCACCAGCGCAACAAGCAGGCGCGCAUGAACGAGCAGGGCGACGACAAGCAGGACGCACAGGGCGAGGGGCGUGUGCGCACAAAGCGCGGGAACCUGUCGUUCCAAGAGAUUAUGGACGAUAAGGAUUUUGUCGACGACGACGAUGACGAUGACAAUGACGUCCAAGAGUUUGAUGCUCAGGGCAACUUGGUGCGCAAGGCGUCCACAGUCAAGACGUUCCUUCGCGACGAUGCCGAGGACGACACGCCACUGGACCUGAUGGACCGUGGCAUUCUCUCGAACAUCACCUCAGAUAUCAAGGCUGCCUCCCGCCUCAAGUCAAAGGCAUCAAAGAAGAAGGGCACAAAGGGGGACAAGAUUGACUCUGAUGACAUCAAGUCGCUUGACGACGGCCGUCUCCUUGUUGAAGACCUUGAAGAGCUCCAGCACGGCAAGAAGGGCCGUCUGUCUAAGCGCCAUCUCGUCCCUGGUGCCGGCAUGGACAUGGUGGAUGACUUCGACGACGAUGGCGAUGAUGAUGAUGCGGAGGAGAACGAGGGCGCCGGUGGCCUGACGUUUGGCCGCGGCAUUCAUCGCGACCGCAAAGCGAUGGCUGAGCAAGCGGCCCUCGAGGCAGAGAAGUGGGGCGAUGGUGCGUAUGACGGCGAGGACAGCAGCGAUGAUGAGGAAGGCGGUGAGCUGAACACGAAGCGCGCGCGCGUCAACACCAAGAAGCAGCAGAAACAAGCACUUAAGGCGCAGAAGGCGCAGGAGAAGGCGGCAGCGGUGAAGGGAAAGAAGAACAAGGACGCCCGUGGCGGUCUUGGUUCAGAGUUCAGAUCCAAGAAAGCGGCUGGUGACAUGCGCAAGAAGGGCCAGAAUGUGAUGCCGUUUGCAUAUCUGCCCAUGGACGCUGGCAUGCUCAACAGGAGGAAAAAGGCCAAGGCAGAGAGCACGUUCAAGAACAUUGUCAAGUCUGCACAGCAGGGGGCACGCAAGGGCCGCAAGAGCGCAAAGCGCAAGGCGUUCUAA